AUGGCCGACACAGCACGUCGCGGCAUUGCGCAGAAGCAUGGCCGCCCCGGAUCGCGCAUCGUGCCUGCCAUUCCAUAUCGUCUGUACAAAGCCCAACCCUCUGCGAGGCCCAUCACACCCGAGGAGUCCAACAAGGGCACUGUGACUCAGCAGCCGGAGUCGCAGCCGGAGUCACAACCGGAGCCGCACCCUGUGGCGGAGCAGCAGUCAGAGGAGCAGCCAGAAGAGCACCACGUAGGCGCUGCAGACACUCCGCCCACGCCAGACUCACGGGCCUCUGAGGCUGGAAAGCGAGAGACGGACGAGUCGGUCGUAGCCAGUGUCCCAUCCAAGUCUGAAGAGGAAGACACGGCGGCUGCAGAUGUUCAUGGAAAAGAAAAGCAUGUCAACGGCCAUGUUGAACACGCGCCCACUACGACGACGGAAUCUCAAGCAACACCAAAGCCAGCCGUGAAUGGCGUACACCGCAAGCUAACCAUACCCUCGCACCUGCCGCCGCCCUUCUAUCCUUCGAACAGGACGCCACCGGCAGAUGUCAACGGGCGAACGCAUAGCCCGUUGCAUCGGCAUCAGCUCAGUGCAGGUGCUGUCGUUUUCCAGAGCGCGAAUGUGUCACCCACGAUUCCCAUUACACCCCAGGAGCCCGAGCUGGAUACAAACGGGCAGCAUUCCUUGGCUCGUCCUCCGCCCGGCUUUGGUCCUCCACAGUUGGCGCCCUUCUUCGCUGGUCCGGUUCAGCAUGUGUCAGAGGCAGGAGCACCCUGGCAACUACCCCCGCAUACUGUUGCACCACCUGAUACAGCCUAUGAGAACGGCGUUGAAUACCGACCUUCGCAGUUUGGAGCUCCCAAUGCCUACCCGAACCCCUACAACGGUCACUUUUCCCCGGAAGAGGCAGCUUUCGCCGCAAAUGGGGCCAUUACCUCUCACUCGCAGUCACCGAGCAAGGCCCACUUCGGCGAAGUAAUGCCAAGCUCGGAGCAUGGUGAGGAUCAGCAUGCUGUGUCAUAUCAGAACGGCAGUGCACCCCCAGCUGAGCAUCUGGAACAGUCACCUUUCGAGCUGGCGAGCUACCUGUCUACGCAGUUUGGCAACCCCGAAUUUGCCGACUUCAUUCUGCAGAUACGUUCGCCAGAAUCCAUUCUGGUAUCGAUGCCAGUACAUGGCAUUGUCGUCGUACGCAGUCCAGUCAUAGCCGACGCUAUCCGUCGUAGUCCGGCUCCCAGUCAUCGCAGCAGGGAUGCGCGCCGCCUGGUUGAUGUUCUUGCAUUGGAUCCUUUUGCCUCGCGAGAGUCCCUGGAAGAAGCUGUCAAGGUACUUUACGGAGCUCCGCUCAUAUCGGCGCCAACCUUCUUGUACGGGCUCACUCCUUACAUGUAUGAGGCCGACCAAGUGUCUCCAUCAAACGAUGCUGGCAGGCGCAUGCGACAAGUAUUGAGCUACAUCGCGGCGGCUAGGACCCUUCAGAUGCCUAGCAUGCAGGCACGUGGUAUCGAAAUUGCCAGGAUGCUUCUUCGUUGGGACACCGUCGACCAGGUGUUGCAGUAUGCGCUACAAGCCAAUCUUGGGUCACGCUCAAGGGCUGACAGCCAGGAUACCGAGGAUCCAUUCGUCGCGAUGCUGCUCAACUAUGCUCUCGAGUUCAUUGCCUUCACCUUCCCAGUCGACUUCAAGUUGUACUCGAUCGCGCCUGAGUUCAAAGAAACCCCGCGUCUGCCGCCGCUAGUCGAGCCCCGACAAUCUACGCACAAUCCACGGUUGAGUAAGAUCCGUUUCGGUGAUGCGCCCCCUGAGGAUGAGUUGCAACCAAGCCAUGCGACUGUUGUGCUUUCCACCAUCCUUUUGUCGCUGCCGCUCCCGCUCAUAGAGCGUCUCUUCAACCAUCGUGCGACGGCCAACCAGAUUGGCUGGACUGGUGCCGUCAAGAUCCUAAGAGAUGUCGUCAACGAACGCGAGAAUCGGCGCAAGAAGGUAUCACGCGGUCAACUGAAGCCGGCCCAAGGGGGCACCAUGUCUGCCGUACUGCUCAAUAAUGUCUUCCUUGAGGAGCAUGUGGAGCAGGUUGAGCCAUCACCUCUCCAUCCUUCGGGUCACCGACUGACAACAAAACGGGUCGCUGGUGAGGUAUGA